AAGGGUUGUGAAAAAAACACUUUUCACUUUUCGGCUGAACUCAAAAGUCUGUGAAGAUGUCUCUCUAAACCCUAUGGAUCUGCCGUGGAUUCCUGUAAACAAACACAUACUACAACAUAUCAUCAUCAUGUAUGUAUCUCCCGCCAUUGUUUUGUAGCUCAAUCAAUAACCUAAAAACCUCCAAUUUGUUGCAGAAUCAACAAUGGCGGACCUGACCCAGCACUUCCACAAAGGAUCGGAGGUCGAGAUCAGCAGCAACGACGACGGUUUCCGCGGCGCCUGGUACGCCGGAACAGUAAUUCGACCCGCAUCAACCAAAACCAAGACCACCAACACCACCACCAACAACAAGAAGCUAUUGGUCGAGUACAAAACCCUAAUGGCGGACGAGGGGGGAAAGAAGCCGCUGAGGGAAGCGCUGGAUGUGGUGCAGCUGAGGCCGCCUCCGCCGCGAGAGAGCCGCCGGAGCUUCAAGUUCAGCGAGGAGGUGGAUGCGUAUCAUAAUGAUGGGUGGUGGGAGGGAGUGAUUACUGAAGUGCUUGAGAAUGAGAGGUACUCUGUUUUCUUCAGGGGAACGAGAGAGCAGCUUGAUUUUGGGAGCGAGGAGCUUCGGCUUCAUAGAGAAUGGGUCAAGGGUAAAUGGGUUCCGCCGUUGGAAGGAGAAGAGAUGUUGCCAAUUGUAGAUGAAGUGAUGCCUAGCAAAGAAACGGUGGAGAAUGAGUUUAGCAAAGGGAUGCUAGUUGAAGUUAGCAGCGAUGAAGAUGGUUUCCAAGGUGCUUGGUUUGCUGCAACUAUUGUUGAACGAUUACAGGAGGGCAGAUUUCUGAUUGAGUACAAGAGCCUAAGAAAUGAUGAUGAUACAGAUUUUUUGAGAGAGGAAGCUGAUACUCUGCAUAUAAGGCCCUAUCCACCUGACACAUUAGUGGUUGACCGUUUCAAUAUGCUUGAAGAAGUUGAUGCUCUGUACAAUGAUGGGUGGUGGGUAGGUGUGAUUUCGAAAGUUCUUGAUGGCCAACGGUAUGUAGUCUACUUUAGGAGCACCAAUGAAGAAAUUGAGUUCGAACACUCUGAUUUAAGGCUACAUCAAGACUGGAUUGAUGGCAAAUGGGUUAUGGCUUCACAGAGGAAACACAUGUGCCCAAAGAAGCGCAGAUACUUUUAAGAAGUUGGCAUAUCGUGCGCAGACACUUUUAAGAAGUUGGCAUAUCGUGGCAUGAGUCGCAUGACACUCAUCAGACAUUCUCCACACCUGUCAGACACAAUGUCCAAACAUGUCCUACCAUUUUUUAAAAUAUUAUAGACUUGGACAUGCUUUAGACACUUGGUAAACACGUCUAUUUCUUAGACCCACAUGGAGCACGUCAUAAGUUUGAAUAAAAAUAUAAAUUUAUACCUAUUCUCCUUCUUUGGAUAUUAAAAAAGUCACCAUUACAUUGCAUUUUGUUA